AUGACCGCGAAUGGGAGGAAGCAAUCAACUAAUAAAUGGCUGAAAACUAGGCACACAGCCAGUUUUGCCUUCUUCGAGGCAUUGUGGGAUGCUGGCGUUACACACUGCUUCGUCAACCUUGGCUCCGACCACCCCAGCAUUAUCGAAGCAAUCGUCAAAGGCCAAAAUGAGAAAGAAGGCAACUUCCCGCGUAUCAUCACAUGCCCCAACGAAAUGGUCGCCCUCUCCAUGGCCGAUGGCUACGCCCGCCUAACCAACAAACCCCAAGCCGUCAUCGUGCACGUCGACGUCGGCACCCAAGGCCUCGGCGCCGCCGUUCACAACGCAUCCUGCGGCCGGGCUCCCAUCCUCAUCUUCGCCGGCCUCUCCCCGGUCACUAUCGAAGGCGAGUACCGCGGCUCUCGAACGGAGUACAUCCACUGGAUCCAGGACGUCCCGGACCAACGCGCCAUCGUCGCGCAGUAUUGUCGGUACUCUGCUGAGAUCAAGCGGGGCAGGAAUGUAAAGCAGAUGGUGAACCGGGCCUUGAGUUUCGCGACGAGCGAGCCGAGGGGUCCGGUCUAUUUGUUGGGGUCGAGGGAGGCAAUGGAGGAGGAUAUUGAGCCUUAUGCUAUCAACCAGGCGCACUGGACGCCGGCGGAGCUUGGGGGGUUGACUAACAAGCAGAUCAAGAUGGUGGCGGAUUUGCUUGUGGGAGCUGAGGAGCCGUUGGUGGUUACGGGGUAUAGUGGACGGAACCACGAAGCUGUAUGUGCGCUUGUGGAGUUGGCAGAUACGGUGAAGGGGUUGAGGGUGCUGGAUACGGGAGGAAGUGAUAUGUGCUUUCCUGCUGAUCAUCCGGCGUGGUUGGGGCUGAGGUAUGGGGUUGAUGAGACGAUCAAGACGGCGGAUGUUAUUAUCGUGCUGGACUGUGAUGUGCCUUGGAUCCCGACGCAGUGCAAGCCGAAGUCGUCGGCGAAGAUCGUUCACAUUGAUGUCGAUACGCUGAAACAGCAGAUGCCGGUCUUCUAUAUCGAUGCGAUUGCCAGAUACCGCGUUGAUGCUGAGACUGCCGUCCGACAGAUCGCUGGUCACAUCAAAUCGAACAUGCAGGAUCGGAUAGGCGGUCAAGCGUUCGAAAAACGGUGGUCUGACCUUAAGCAAAAACACAAGCAGCGUCUCGAAACGAUCUCAUCCCAAGCAAAAGCAGGCGACGAUGGAACUUUUGGCUGCUCAUAUCUGAUAAGCCAGGUACGCAAGGCGGUUCCAAAGGAUGCAAUCUUCGCCGUCGAAGCCGUAACAAACACUGCAUUCGUUGCGGAUCAAAUUCAAGCUACUUUCCCGGGCUCAUGGAUCAACUGCGGCGGCGGCGGUCUGGGAUGGUCAGGAGGCGGAGCAUUGGGCAUCAAACUCGCAACCGACUUUGAGAACGGCGGCACGAACAAAGGCAAAUUCGUCUGCCAGAUCGUAGGAGAUGGAACAUACCUCUUCAGUGUCCCUGGCUCAGUCUACUGGAUCGCCGAGCGGUACAACAUCCCCGUGCUUGUGAUCGUGCUAAACAACCAAGGCAAGCCUCCUUCCUCUCCUCCUCCUUCAUCCCAUCGACUAACAAAUAGUCUGGGCUCCAAAGUCGAUAACAAAGCCCUCAACAUCUCCUUCGCUCCGACACCAGACUAUUCCGGCAUCGCAAAAGCGGCUUCAGGUGGACAGGCAUGGGCGGGCUAUGCAGGAACGGUGGAGGAGUUGGACAGCAAGCUGAAGGAGGCUGUUGAGGCGGUCAAGGGGGGGAGGUGUGCGAUUUUGGACGCGCAUCUGGAUGGGCCGCAGGGGAAGUUUGGGGGUGGGAAGGCUACGCUUGUUGGUUGA